GUCGUACGUGCACAGGUAAAGUGACAGCAUCUGCCUUGCACUAUUUCAGGUUAGUACGCGUUUCACAAUGGCGUCUGUCGCUCGUCGAGAGCCGCCGAAGGAGACCAUAUUCGACGCGUGCCGUCGCGGCAACACUGAGCGCUUUACCGGCUACGUCCAGAAAGGCGGCUGCCUCACCGAGUGUGACGAUCAAAAACUGACGUUGCUGCACCACGCCGCGUUCUCGGGCAACGAGGUAUUUGUGAAGCUCAUUCUCGAAGCGUCUGCCACACAGCAGGUAAACAUUGACGCCGCAGAUGCCGAAGGCUGGACGCCCCUUCAUUACACGGCUGACCGCGGCCAUAGAAACGUAGUGAAACUGCUUCUAGAGGAAGGCGCAAAUGUGAAUGCGCGUGACACGUCGAAGCGCACGCCGCUGCAUCUUGCCGCGUUGUCUGGUAGCAAGGGAGCCGCCGAGGCCCUGCUCCAGGCAGGGGCGUCGAAGACGGCAAAGAAUGUGGCGGGUAUGACUCCGCUGGAGUGCGCGAAAGUGGCAGAUCACGCAGAUCUUGUGGCCCUUCUGCAGUAG